CUGCUUUCUGUCGGAUCCGAAUAAGGAGCAAUGAAGGGAGGACUGCAAAGGGGGCAGCUAAACUGCAACUGCCAUAUAAUAAUAUAUCCCAUUCUGUACCAACUGCACCAGCAACCCUGUAUGGACAGACGCCACCACAUUAGUCCAAAGACUACAAGACAGACGCUGGCAAGGCAUUUGUAGAACAUAUUCUCUGUUCUUUCCUGUUCCGUAAAGUACAAAAUGAGGGAUCGCCUUGAGGAGUUCCUGCAGAAAGCCAAAGAGCUGGAGUUGUGCAAGGAGACUGAAUCCUCUUCAGUGGACCAAAAGGAACCAGAUGAGCUGCAGCAGCAAGCUGUGAUUUUUGAAAGGGAGCCAGUCGUUGACAGUUAUUUACAUGAAAUCCAGAAACUGAAAAAUGAGAUCAAUGAACUUUCCAAUUCUGUGACCAAGUUUGGGCAGGAGCAAAAGGUCCUAGUAUCGAGCAUGCGAAGAUUCAGCGUUAUGAAGAGGGAGGACAAUAUUACCAAGGUUAUCAGAGUCCAAGCAGACAACAUUAAAAGACGACUGGAUUCUUUAUCCCAGGUUGCUAAAAAAUUUGAAGUGGAACACGGCCCAACAUCAGGAGUUACCCGGAUACUCAAGGGUCAGCACUCGGCUUUGUUCGGAAAGUUCCAGAGCAUCAUGCUCCGGUACAACGAAACAAUUGCCUCUAAGCAGUCCAAAUGUAAAACCUUCAUCAUAAGGCAGUUAGAGGUAGCUGGGAAAGAGGUCUCUGAGGAGGAGGUGAAUAAAAUGGUGGAGCAAGGAAAAUGGGACGUAUUCAACGAGAACUUGCUCACUGAAGUCAAAAUCACUAGGACGCAGUUGACAGAGAUCGAGCAGAGGCACAAGGAGCUGGUCAGUUUAGAAAAUCAAAUGAACGAUUUGAAAGACAUUUUCCUCCAGAUUUUUCUUUUGGUGGAAGAACAAGGGGGAAUGAUAAAUAACAUUGAAGUGGCCACACAAAACACGGAAAACUAUGUUCAGCAGACAGCAGAAAAGUUCAAACUGGCGGCGAAAUACAAGAGGAAAAACCCGUGCAGGGUACUUUGUUGCUGUUGCUUCCCUUGCUGUAAAUAGGUGUACAGAAGUGGAUUUGUUAAAAGGAAGCUGCCCUGGAGUGGUUCAGCAGACAUGCUGGCUGGGAGUUGUCUUUUUUCCCCCACUGGGAAAUAUCACGAAGGUGGACAUUUGCUUGGCAAGCUUUCCCAUUGCUUGAGAAAUAAACUCUAAAAAAAGACUGACUAAAUAAAGCCUUUCUAAGCAUUGCUAAACCAAACCUUUAAUGACAGCGGUUUCCAAACUGUGAGGCUGCCCCCCUCCCGGAGUACAGAGCCUUUGCUUAGGGGCACCCAGAUUAAAGGCCAGUUAGAUAUUUUGAAAGAAUACCUUAUUCCUCUCUUACUCCUACGCUAGUGAAACUUCGCCAUCGUUCGGCGCCCUGGACGUAGCUUCGCAUUUUAGUGAAUUAGCGUUGUCCUGGCAAAAUGUGGCGAUGUUAGCGAAGCCGUCGCUGGCAAAUUUCCGGAGGUUAGUGAAUUUGCCCUUAGAUGGGAGGAUAAGCAGAAAAAGUCUAGAAACCUCUGUUUCCAGCUCUUAGGCCCACGGCACACCGGCAUUUAUGACUGCAAUCACAACUCUCGUCCACAUAAAUGUUUAUACUUUUGCUAAAACACAGGAUAGAACAGACUUUACCACUAAUGACAUUAUUGAGGGUUGAGGGGAUAAAGAUAAAUGGUUGUGAAUGAAGAUCCCAUGCAAAAGAACUUUUCUAGUAGCAAAACAGCCAAACUGAAUCCAGUUAUUGUUUUUGGUUUUCAAGCCUGCAAGAUGCCUCCGUCUAAGAAUUCCUGAAAUAAAACAGUAUUCUUCAGAUCUCUAGGGUGGUUACUAAACGGAUAUUUUGUAAACUAAAUUACUAAGAAUACUAAGAGGAAUGUUCAGCAAAUGAACAUUGAAGAGGCUCCGGAUGCUACAUGUUUAUAGGUCUUAGUCUUCAGUUCCCAUAAGAAAAAAACUACGUGCACCCUUGGGCUUAAUUAGGAUUUCCUUUUUGACUGUAAAGUUUGGGCAAACAGCUUAUUAGGGGCACGUCAAAACUCUUCUGUGCAUGGUUUGCAUUUAAAAAAAAGUUAUUCAAGAGCGGGAGUUGCCUUACAGCUUACCUCAAAUAUGUUAUUCUUUCUAGACAAAUAAUUUAUGCAAGAUAUUGCUCACAUCUCAAUCCCAUAUACUAGAUGAAUAUUUGUGGGAAUGAAAAGGCUGUUAUGGAGGAGUUGUCCAUAGUCAAGGCAAAAUAAAUGUAUUUUGGACUUAUAUGAAAAUGAAGAUGAAGUAGCAGUUAAAGGUGCAGUUCAGUGUAAAAUAAAAACUGGGUAAAUAGAUCACAAUAAAAAAUGUUUCUAAUAUAGUUAGUUAGGCAAAAAUUUAAUGUAUAAAGGCUGGAGUGACUGGAUGUCAAACAUAACAGAAAAGAACACUACUACGCUGAGUUAGUCAGUGACUUUAAGGGGGCCACAUGGGAUAUAACUGUUCAGUGAGUUUAAAAUGGAUUCUCAGCAUUCAACUCAAAUUCAAAAGCAACAGUUAUGACCCAUGUGCCCCCCUCAAGUCACUGAUUGGUUACUGUCUGGUAACUAAUCAGUGGAAACCAAGAGAGCUGAAAAGCAGGAAGUAGUUUUCUGGCUAUUAUGUUAUAAAUCCAGGCCAGCCUUUAUACAUUACAUUUUUGGCUAACUAACUAUAUAAGAACUUUUUUAUUUUGCACAGCAGAUUUACCCAGUUUUUAUUUUUAUACUGAACGAUUCCUUUAAAAGGACCAGUAACGUCAAAAUGUUUUUAAAAAAAUGCGUUUGUAUAGAACGUAAAAAAAAAAAACACCAAGACAUAUUUAACUUUAAAAUCGCAAAGUCUUUAUUAAAAAAUAACUUUCAGAAACUCUGCUUGCGCUCUUCUUCAGAAAAGGUGUCAGUCGCUCGAUUUCUCCUCCCUAGCUAUCUAGGCAGGGAGUAGAAAUAGAGCGCUGCACGAUGAAUCGUUGCCCUGUCGCCUUUUAUGAAGAGGAGCGCAAGCGGAGUUUCGGUAAGUUAUUUUUUAAUAAAGACUUUGCGAUUUUAAAAUUAAAAUAUGUCUUGGUACUUUUUUUCUGUUAUAUACGAAAUCAUUUUAAAAAAAAAAUGAUGUUACUGGUCCUUUAAGCACUGUGAAGUAGAAGAAAAUGCUUGGUAUGCCCCCUAUAGUCAUAGCCAGGCAGAAGUCAUACCUUCAAGCAGUAGGGUAGGCCUAUCACCCAUUGCUGGGCCUAGCUAGAUAAUGGAAUAUUAGCUUUAUCUCUAGGACACCCUUGCACUCUGAGCAGCCAGCUAUACCCUGGUAAUUACUUACCCUUGUUUAAAGGGGAAAAAAAGUUUAAAUCAUCAGCAUAUGAUUGCAGUUGGACGUUUCAGUAAAAAUUUUCAUUGUAGAAACUGUAAAGAAUUUGUAAAGAAGUCUGGACAUUUCUGUAGUUUUCUUGCUACCCUGUGACAAUACUGUGACACAUAUGAGAAGGCACUGGUUGUAUAUAUGUUACUCUGUUAUGCUAUAUUUAUUAUGGUCAAUAAACGUGUGUG